GUUUACCUUGUGCGAUUUGUGCUUUUGAUUUUCUUCUGUGGCAAAACUUUAAAUUAUUGCAAAAUAAAUCGACUCAUCAAGUAUAAAAUGAGUGCUGCUAUUGUUCGACAAGCAUUGGAGAUAGUAGAUCCUGAUUACACAUAUUUCAAAUCCAAACAAUCUAAAAAGAACUCAAAAUCGGAGGCUUUCAGUUUAUACCCGGAAAAAUAUAAAAUAAUAGGAAAAACCUACAAAAAGGGCAAAAAAGCAGAAAAAAUAGGAUUUCCAAUUGAAAAAAAAUAUACAGUUCAAGAGGCAAAAACCAAGCUUAAAUCAAAAAAACAAAUUUUAGAAGAAAAUCUUCGGAAACUAAAACUAAUUCAAGAACACAGUAAAGUUACUUUGAAUGAAACCACUACAAAAAAUAUAAUUGAAAGAGCUGUAACAAGAAGACCAAUAAAAACCGAAAAGAAUAAACAAAAAUCAACUAAAACCGCAUUCACUGAAGAAGACUUCAAAAAGUUUGAAGAAGAAUAUCUCAAUUCAGAAGAUUGAAAAUAUGAUUUUAAGUGACAGAACAUUGGGCCUCAUAAAACUAGCCUUCAGUUCUUUUCUCAUAAUCUAUCUAUUUUUUCUUCUCAUAAUUAUUCCAGUUUUGCCGAUUGCCAAUACGAUUUUUGAAACUUUGACUCCUCCAAAUUUAAUUUUGGUUGUUUGUGGUACCUUUGGGUUACUUUUUAUAGGCUCAUUGUCAAUUUUUACAUUUAUUGUUAUGUAUAAGUAAAUAAAUAUUAUCAUGUGAGUUUAUGUAUUUUUAAUUAUUCAACUUUGUAGUUGAAAGUCAUACCUCUUAUCCUC